UUAAACGAGCAACCAGGCUAGUCAAAAGGGGAUCUUCUAUUCGACCAGUUCCAAAUCUUCAUUUACGACUCUACACACGCGUCUUUGCACUUGAAGCAAUUAAAUCGAUUUUGGAAUUAAUCCCAUUUUAGGGCAAUUAUGCGUUUUCCAAACAAGAAAUCAGUGGUGGUUUUCCUGGUGGUCUUGCCGCUCACAGGCAUGCUCAUUUACCACUGGAACUCAAACACCAUUACAACGAUUAAUAUGAUACAGGGAGAUGACUCUUUAAACAUGCUACUAGAGAAAAGGAUACGAAGCAUGGACCGCGGAAAUGACCACAUCCCUUACCAUAUCAAAGAUGGCAUGUCAAAGUUACUUGCUGUUAAUGGGUGUGUUUGUGAAGGGGACAAACCAGGCAUUCCAUUCGCUCAUCUCCUGUACCGUCAAGUAUCAGCUUCACAGCUACAUGCAUCCGUCCAAGAUUCAGACCAGCAAAAAGCAAAGCAAUACAGAAAUAAAGAGUUUCGCAGUUUCUAUAAGAGGACGCAUACAGCUGCAGAUUCACUUAUCUUAUCUGAAGCAAACAGCCCUCUUCAGUAUCCUACACAGGGUGUGGAAGUCAGACCAACAAUGACCAUUCUAAUUCCUGGUUUGAGUCUGAACCAAAUAAAUAAAGUGGACCAUUAUUCGGUAGAUCUGAAUGCUACAAUGGGAACGUUCAAUACAGCAGCGCUGGUUGAUGGAGUGCAAGUCAAAGGGGAAGGAGAGAUGCAUAUUAGUUUUAUGAGCAGAUCUCUGGCCUCACUAAACAGACAGCUUGAGUUUGUUACCUACACAAACACACUGUUCCAUCCCAACACAGCAGAUGUAGUACAAUUUAAAGCAGGUAAUUUCCUGGCCACCUUCACAAUUAAGAUCAGACAUCCACCAAUGCCUAAAUUCUAUAAUCCUGGACCCAGAAAAGAAUACAAUGUAAGCACUCUGGUCACUAUUGCCACAAAAACAUUUCUACGUUACGAUAAACUUCAGGAUUUGAUCAACAGCAUUCGACAGUUCUACCCUACUAUAACUAUAGUGAUAGCUGAUGACACCAAGGAUCCUAAACCUGUAACUGGUCCCUACAUUGAACAUUAUAUCAUGCCCUUUGGCAAGGGCUGGUUUGCUGGGCGUAAUCUGGCAGUCUCUCAGGUAACAACCAAAUAUGUGCUUUGGGUGGAUGAUGACUUCAUUUUCACCUCAAGCACCAAACUGGAAAAGAUGGUGGAUAUUUUGGAGAGAACCACUUUAGACCUGGUGGGGGGAGCAGUCAGAGAAGUGACGGGGUACACUGCCACCUAUCGACACAUCAUCUCCACAGACGCAGGUGAUGAAGAGGGAGAUUGCUUACACAUAAGGACAGGAUUCCACCACGCCAUCGAGGGAUUCUCCAAUUGUGUUGUUGCAGAUGCCGUCAUUAAUUUUUUCAUGGCUCGCACAGAAAAGAUACGAGAAGUAGGCUUUGACCCUCGUCUGGCUCGAGUUGGCCAUUUAGCAUUUUAUAUUGAUGGGCUUGGCUCCCUUCAUGUGGGCUCCUGUGAUGAUGUUAUUAUCAGUCAUGCAUCGAAGAUCAAGGCGAUGUUGCCAUGGGGACAGUCGGAGAUUGACAAAGCCUAUUCCAAGUUCCGUUAUCCUUCCACUGAAGAGACCUCUAUGAAUGAAUAUGAUCUUUAUUAUCUCAAGAAUCAUUUUAAAUGUGUCACUAGCGACUAAAUGUUCUGUGAACACAUUUCUGGCAGUCACCCUUUGAUAAAGAGCCGACAAGCCUUUUUCAAACGUAAAGGCAGACUGAAUGGACGAAAAGAUUAGGAUAAGACGAACAAAAUGACCCCAGAACAAAAUGAUUCCAUGAAUGGCCUCCUUCAUUGUUUUCUCUUGACAAUAAAUGGCACAACACAUUUUACAUAAUGUAUUUAUUGCCACUCACAUUUGUGAAUGGCUAUGCUCUCUUUAAUUCUUAAACUCUUUUUUGCAAUUAUCAACAUUUGUGAGAUCUGUUAGGAAAUCUGUUAUAAUUCUGUCUUAUUUCGCAAAAUAGAGCUCUGUGACAUUGCAUUAUGCUGAAUAUUAAAUGUGUUUGUGUCUAUCAAUGGGGGGUUUGUGGGAACUUUAAUAGGUAUAGAGAAAAAAUUGUUUUUAUUUUUAUGGGGAAAUUUAAAAUUCGAGCCUUGGAGUAAGAUUGCCCUUCAGAAGUGGCAUGUUUUAUGUGUUUUUUAAUUUAAUAAUUAUUGAAUAAUAGCACCAUGCAUUGCAAUGAGUAAGAUGUACAGUUAGAUAUCUUGGCUGUUCAUUAACCCUCUAGUCUAAGGCACAGUGUUACCCUAGGCAACAGAAGGUUUUCUUAAGCCUCAUGUUCACCAGUCACUAUCAAGCACCAUUUGAAAGUGUUCACAUUGGUCACACCGUCACAGGAGCACAUGGCGUGAGAAGGUGCAAGAUUAUUUGCUUUAGUAAUCUUAUUUUAAAAAUGACUUGAACUGUACAUAAAAAUGUGUGUGACUGUAUGAAGGUAUAGAGAAGCCUUUAGGAAGUUUUUAUUUUAUUUUGCAUGGUCAGAAAUUCAGUUUUUCUUUUUGUUGCCUCGGCAACGUUGUGCCAUACAGGGUAGGACUACGUCUCCAAGAAUGUCUUUUUUGACAAUGUGUUAAGAUGUUAACACAUCAUGUAUUAAUGUACAAUAUAUUUGUAUUUAUUUUUGAAAAAGAUUUAAGAUUUUGUAUUGCUCUCUGAACAUUGUCAAAAAGAUUAUCAAUAAUGUUCCCAAAUGACACAAGAAAUUGUGGAAUCAUUUUUAUCAUGUAGGCUACCAUCAAAAUGUGUGCAGUAGAUGGUUAAAAACUUGUUUAUUAAAAUGGCAAAUAGUGUUGCUAUUAUACAUUUACUUUUUAGAUGAAUCUCUUUCAGGCCUAUUGGGAUUCUCACUGGUCUGUCAUAGGUUAUUCAAUUUUUGCAAAGGCUAAUUUACCUAAGUAGUGGGCCUUUUGAAUAAUUUUACAUUUUGUUCGACAACUUAAUUCGUUUGUAGUAGCCUAAUGUUUCUAUUUAUUUUACGUGUGGUGUCGGGUUUUCCUAAACAAAACCGUACAUUUAUAAUAUAGUAGGCCUACAAAUGUUUUUAGUGAAUCAUGAUUUGUUUGUGAAAACAUUUUUGCGUUGUCUAUGCACAUUUUAGUGAAUGAGAUCCAUUGUUCUUAAGGUGGAAAACUUUCCCAAUUAGCUGUAUUUUUAAACAAUUUGUGCCAAAAAAAUAAAAUAAAUAAA